AUGACGACACCAGGAGUUCCGGCAACUCAACUAGCAUUGUCGCAGACUUCAGCGGACAUUAUGGCGAUCUCGCUAUCGACACGUAUACCAGAAUUUUGGACAGAGCAACCAAGAGCAUGGUACAUUAGGAUCGAGUCUAUACUCGCCCCACAGAAACUUGGGGAUGAAGUUAAAUUCGACAUUGUCGUAUCGAAAUUACCAAAAGAAGUCAUUAUUCAACUAACAGAUUUUCUAGCUAAGCCACCGGACACAGGAAAAUUUCUGGCGCUAAAAACGAAAUUAUUAUCAACAUUUGAAGAGUCCAAAAGUCGACAAAUUGAAAGACUCAUAGGAGAGAUGGAACUAGGAGAUCAAAAACCUUCUCAGCUAUUGCACCGCAUGAGAGAGUUAGCCAGAGAUAAAGUACCGGACGACACCCUGCGAGUGUUAUGGCAAGGUCACUUACCUACAACAUUGAGGGCAAUCCUUACAGUCACUGAAACAAAAGAUUUAGACAACCUCGCCAUGAUUGCGGAUAAUGUUGCGGAGGCCACGCGAGUUAACCACAUCUCUGAGGUCGUUAAUCAGCAAACCUCGAAUAUGGAACGACCAUCAACAAGCGACACGUCUUUAAUUUUAGCGGAAAUAGCAAAAUUAAGCGUCAGAAUGACUAACAUGGAGCAGUCACGAUCCAGACAAAACUACUUUGAUCGUAACCGUGAUAGAAGUGGCUCACGAUCUUCAUCGAGACGCCGUACCCCACAGAACCCCAACUGGUUAUGUUACUACCAUUACAAGUUCCGUCAGAAUGCUCAGAAAUGCGUCCAACCAUGUGCAUGGAAACCAAGUUCGGAAAACUAG